AUGAGUUCUUCUUCCUCCUCCUCCUCCUCCUCCUCCACUCCGGUUCUCUACUACUCCGAUGGCCGCUCCGACAUGACACGGUCACCUCAAGAUGACCCUAACCCUCAAAAUCCAUAUCAGGGGGAAUUUCCUGAGACAAUCGAAGAGUACUUGCAUCAUGGUACUAUGAAAUGUAUCGCGUUUAACCGCAAAGGAACACUUCUUGCUGCUGGAUGCUCAAAUGGUAGCUGUAUUAUCUGGGACUUUGAAACAAGGGGUUUUGUAAAAGAAUUUCGUGAUAAAGAUAGUACUGCACCUAUAACAAGUGUCUCCUGGUCAAGGUAUGGCCACCGGUUGCUUGCCUCUGCUACUGACAGGUCAUUGACACUUUGGGAUGUGUCAACUGGGGAAAAGAUUGCCCGUAUUACUCUUCAGCAGACUCCAUUGCGUGCCAGCCUUCAACCUGGUUCUCCAACUCCAUCUAUUUGUUUGGCAUGCCCUCUAUCUUCUGCACCUCUUCUUGUCGAUUUGAAUACUGGAAGUACCACAGUUCUCCCUGUUUCUGUAUCUGAGAAUGGUAUCCCCCCUGCACCUAACCCCCGUAUUAAAUUUGCGGAUGGUACCCCACCUUUCACGCCAACAGCUGCAACGUUUGAUAAGCAUGGGGACCUGAUAUAUGUGGGCAACUCCAAGGGAGAAAUUUUAAUCAUAGAUUCAAAAAGCAUCCAGGUACAUGCAGUAGUUCCCAUCCCUGGUGGAAGUGUUGUUAAGGAUAUUGUUUUAAACCGGGAUGGUCAAUAUCUGCUGACAAAUUCUAAUGAUCGGGUCAUUAGAGUCUUCCGAAACAUUCUGCCUGUUAAAGGUUCUGGAGAGGAGAUUAGAAACAUAAGCAACAACAGUAAUGAAUAUGGAAGUCACUACGAUAAAUUAAAAGCAAAUGGUACAAGCUGCCUUGUUCUUUCCUGUGAAUUUUUGGAUGCCAUCACAAAGAUACAGUGGAAGGCACCAUGUUUUAGUGGCAAUGGUGAGUGGAUAGUUGGUGCUUCUGCAAACAAAGGAGAGCACAGGUUGCAGAUAUGGAACCAAGCAGGGCGCCUUGUAAAGAUGCUUGAAGGUCCAAAAGAAGCUCUUAUUGAUCUUGCCUGGCAUCCUGUUUUGCCAACAAUUACUACAGUAUCUGUAACAGGCUAUGUAUACAUUUGGGCCAAGGAGCAUGUAGAGAAUUGGAGCGCUUUUGCUCCUGAUUUCGUAGAAUUAGAAGAGAAUGAAGAGUAUGCCGAACGAGAGGAUGAGUUUGACUUGAAUCCACGUGAAGAACAGGCUGAGGAAGUAGUGAUAGAUGAGGAUGCUGAUGUUGAUAUCGAGACAUGUGAGAAGAACACAGUGUUCAGUGAUGUGGAGGAUUCUGUGGAUGAGAUCUGCUACUUGCCAGCAAUUCCUGACCCAGAUUCUCCCAAUGAGCAGCCAGAGAAAUGCCUUGGAAGUUCAAAGUUGGAGGAUAGCAACCAUUCUGGUUCCCCAUCCUCAAUGGAUGCUGUACAGAAUGGACAAGCCAUUCCUCCAGCAUCAAGCCCAAUGGAAGUUGACAACUCUACUGCUGAAGACCCAGAAGAAGGGCCAAACUCAAAGCGGAAGCGGCGGCUGUCAGUGAAGGGGCUUGAGUUGCAGCAGUCUGAGAAAGGCAAAAAGGGAUCAACAAAGAACAAGUCCAUCGGAAAGUCCACAAAAUCCAGUGCCAAGAAGAUGGAAUCUGCCAAUGGAAACAGCUCUGCCUUUGAUGAUGAAGCAACUGAGGAUGAUGAGAUUAACAUCGACAGCUAG